AUGAGGACCGGUAACGGCAGAGUGGGCGAUCGCAUCCGCGCGGCGGCGGCAGCGCGGUUCGCGCUAGGACCCACGCGGAUUACGAAACGGAUUCUCGGUUCUCGGUCGCGCUUCUCAGCCUGCGCAUUUAAAUUGGUUUCUCCCUGCAGAUAUAACACCGUCGAUGCUCAGUACAAAGAAGAUCGCGAAAGACUGCGCGGGGAACGUGGUAACGAAGAGCAAGAUUUGCCGGGCGUCGUACCGAUAUCUUCGGUCCUAAAAAGAAACUUAUUUAGGGUGGAUCUAAAGAGACUCGUGAAGCACAUACUCUUGCCGUACAAAGCCAAGUCAUGCUUGGUGUGCAUAUAACAUCUCGUUUACCACGCUUGUGGCAACCAGCCAAACCGCAACGAUAUGUAUUUUCUGGAUUUCGGAUUGCCGUCGCUUCAAACUCAUGCGUGGGACGAACGAGCCGAAAAACUAUGUAAAAUUCGAAGUGGAUCCUCGCAUGUCAAAACGAGACAUUUGCGAUUACCUCGUCAAAUUUUACAAUUUACCAGUGAGGGAUGUGUGAACUGAAAAUAA